AUUUAUUUCUGCGAAAUGUAUAGUUCAAACAUAAAGAAGUUUCAGAAGAACCUUAAAGAGAGUUUUAACAGAAGAAAUACCAUCUCUAUUGAAUGGCCUGAUUAUAUGAGCUCAAAUCCUCACCUUGUAGUCAUGGAUAAUGAACAGAAGUACUAUUCCAAAGGGAGUAUUUAAAAAGCUGCUUAAGAAUGAGAAGUCUCAUAAAUUUUCGAAAUAACCAGAAUACCAAUCUAAAAUUGGGAAUUAGUAAAGAUUCUCCCUUUGUAAACGAAUAUACUGAGUAUCACCGAUUGACGAAGAACCUCUUUGAUCCCUCUCUUGAGCCAAAGGUAAAUGGUAAAUCUAAACUGGACAAAAAUUUCAACACACAUUCGAAGAAAAUUAUUAGAGGGAAAGAAAAGAGACAAAAUUCAUUAGAGAGUAUAAAGGGGGCAAAAAUGAGACGAAGAGUUAAUGAGAAGUUGUUCAGUAGGAUGAUGUUACACUCUAUGUCUCCUCAACAACAGAAGAAGAUCAAAUCCCGAUAUGAUAAUUAUGCAAAAGAGCAGUAUGAAAGGACUCUAUCAAAAGCUGACAGAACUAAGGGCUCAGAUGUGAUGAGCAAAAAUCCUUCAACUACCUCUACUACGAUUUGUCCUCAGAAAAGGUCCUAUAGUAUCAGAGCUUUUGCAACUAUUAGUCAAAAGCCUGUUAUAUUGAGAGAACCUUCAAAAAUAAAAUCUCUGACUAAAGCUAGGAAUAUCAAAACUACAAAUUCUAAAGAAAGGAGAAAUUAUAAUGGAACCAAACUUUCUAAAAGGACAUCGACUAUUAGCGCAUACAAUUACAAAGAUGGAACCUCUUUUAAAGAGAUUUAUCAAAGCCAUAAAUAAGUUUUAUGAGAGUAUCAUAGACAAGAAUGCCUUUACUGAUCCAAGGAAGAAACCAUUAAACCAGAAAUUAAGAACUCAUAUACAUAAGUACAAGAUAGGUAAUACGUUGACUACUGCGAACUCGAUGCCUUCUUUCUCAGGAUUGAAAUCCAAGGCAAAGCGGCUUGAACACCCAGAGCAAAAAAAUCAUCAGAAAAGGGAAGAUAGUAUAAUUUCAAGCAACAUUUGAGAUGAGUAUUGCAACCUUGAUAAGGAUAGAUCGACUAGAAUAAUAGGGAGAACCAGAACCUACAACAAAAUAAAUCGUAAGAGAAAUCAAACAAUGGCUCUGACUAAAUCAAUCCAGAAUACAAGAGCACAUUUGAAUAACUCAAGUUUUGAACAUAGAGAAACAAAGUUAGAUGACUAUUAUUAGCACAAAAGUCAUGUGAGG